AUGCACGGCACCAUGGCCGCGUCCUCACACCGGAUCAUGCUGGGCCCGCUGGUUGCUGCCAUCGACCAGGGCACGAGCUCCACGCGGUUUUUGGUAAGAAGGAGAGUCAGUAAGAGCCAGCUGUGUUAUUUUAAUGUGCGGCACUUACAGCGGGCUGUGUCCUUGGCUAUAACCUCACACUUUAAUUUUGGUUUAUUAGGCUUAUCGUCUUUUAAUUUAAGGGUUUAGAGUUUGUUGUUAAAUGUCAUAAAAUAACCUGCUAUUCCGAUCAAAUUAACUGUUUUUAACUCUGCUGCCUUCAAUGCUUCGUGUCCGUUUAUUAAAGUGGAGAAAUAUCUUUAACUACCUGCUCUAUAUCAGAGCUCAAUAGUUAGAUUUCUUUAUAAAUUGCUUUUAUGUAAUAUAAUAGUCAUUACGACACCUCGGACUUACAUUUUAUAUCCAUACGAUGUGAAUUUAGGUGAAUAAAAUCACUAUGCAAAAUAAUGCAGUCUUUAACAUGACUUUUCCAACGUUUCCUGAAGGCAGCAGGAGAGUAUUUCCCUCAAGGCUUCUUGACAAACUGCCGAAAUAAACUUGUUUGGUGGUACUUUGUCAAUAACAAACAAAAGGAGGUAUGGAAAUGGUAUUGACUGACAAGGAGUGUGACUUUUAAAUGGACUGCAAAUAAUAUUAAUUUAUCGGCGUGCGGAUUAAUCGGCCAAUUUUAGCCCGUUUGAGACUAAUCGGUAAUAUGCCAAAACUCGCCGAUUUUCGCCGAUAUUUUCAGAAAUUACCAAUCGGAAAUGUGUGAGAGGGUGGGUGUUAAACGCUUUUCUGGUCUGACUUUGAUCAGUCGGUCUUCCUGUAGGCCUAAAGAGCAGUACCCUACAGCAUAUCUACAGGAUAUAGUAUCCAGGAUACUAUACAGGAUAUAGUUUCCUGUAGAUAUCGGCCGAUUAAUCGGUAAUAGGAUCCCCCCUUAUAAUUGAUAUUGGCAUAGGCCCCAAAAAAUCCAUAUCAGUCGGGCCCUAUAAAACACUAAUAGUAACAUUGUAAAACCAUUGUAAUAAUAAUUAUUAAAUAGGUCAGACAGAAAACUAUCCUGCCUUCUUAGGUUAAACGUGUAAUGAAUACCAUGAACAGAUGUUGUUUUUUCUGGGUGUGGCUGACAGUCGAGAGACAACACUCCGGUUCUCAUGAGUCAGCUCAAACUCCAAGAAACCUCAAACUGCCGCCCUUAAAGACUGGAGCAACUUGCUUCUUUAAACCAAAGAUAAAAGCAGGAGGUCAAAGUUGUCUGUCUGAACUUGUAUCUGACAACGAUUUCUCCUGUCCUUCUCGCUGUGACUCCUUUAAGUAUGGCAAAUGAGCAAGUGCAGAGGUAUUUAUAGCUGCGAUAAUUGUGCCGUUUAAACUGGCUGAGCAAAGCUGCUGCGGUGCUGCUGUGUGCCAAAUACCAACAAACUGCAGGGUGUUGCAUGUUGAGAUUGUUGCACAUUGUUUACCUUACAGCUCAGGAUAUUUGCGAGGUAGACGUGUGCUAAAAUACUCCUGAAAAUGCAACAACAAUCAGCAACGACAUCCACUUCUCUGUCUUUUUGUAGGUGUUUAAUUCAAAAACAGCAGAGCUUCUCAGCCAUCACCAGGUGGAAAUCAAACAGAGCUUCCCUAAAGAAGGGUAAGGGAAGAUGCACACAUUUGCACAUGCACUAUUCAGAAGCGUACAGACGUGAUAAGUUUGUCUUUAUCUCCAGGUGGGUGGAGGAGGAUCCUAAAGAAAUCCUGCAGUCUGUGUACGAGUGCAUGGAGCGGACGUGUGAAAAACUGACGCAGCUCAACAUAGACAUCUCAAACAUUAAAGGUGUCGACAUUUGCACACGCUCUCAUGCUCUCAAUCUUUAAACACCACAUGAUUCAGCUGAUUUGAGAUGUGAAACUAAUGCAGAUCAUAUUUAAAUCACAGCUAUUGGAGUGACCAACCAAAGAGAAACCACGCUGGUUUGGGACAAAGAGACAGGGGAGCCUCUGUACAACGCAAUCGGUAAAUCUUCAGUGUGUUUCCCUCGUUAUUCACCAAUCAUUUCCUUUCAUUCAUGCAGACGUUUGCAUAUUUUUACGUGUCUUAAGAUGUAAAGCUGCACCAAACAGCUGAACAUUCCCCUGAUUCUGUUUGCAUUGAAUAUGAUCUAGUCUGGUUGGACCUGCGGACUCAGUCAACAGUGGAGCGCCUCAUCAACAAAACUCCAGGGAGGAAUAAAAACCACUUGAAGGUGAGGUUCUUAGUCGCAGGUGUGAGCUACAUAAUGACUGUUAUCUAAUCAUUUCUCAGAGUUUGAAGGGUUUGUUGAGUAUCUUGUUUUUUCUUUCUGCAGCAUAAAACCGGCCUCCCCAUCAGCACCUACUUCAGCGCGGUGAAACUCCGCUGGCUGAUGGACAACGUAGCCGAGGUCCGAGAAGCCGUCGUGUCUCACCGCGCCAUGUUCGGCACGGUCGACUCCUGGCUCAUAUGGGUGGGCAAAGAUUCCCCGACGUGAUAAAACUAUUCAGCAGAAAAAUGACUUUCCUUUUUUUUUCAAUGUGUGUUUUUGAUUUACUGUCCUGCAGUGUUUGACCGGAGGAAAGUCAGGUGGAGUCCACUGCACAGACGUGACCAACGCCAGCAGAACAAUGCUGUUUAACAUCCACAGCAUGGACUGGGACCCAGAGCUGUGCAAGUAGGAGCCGUUUCUGAGUGCUUUGAGUUGUUUGCAGUUUUACUUUGAAAGGAUGACAUUUGCCUUCUGGUAGACCUUCUAGUUUCACUGAUAAUUGUACUUUUUUCUUCAUCUGAAGUUUUAAAACUGCGCUUUUUUAUGGAUUUCAAGUUUUUAAAGCAGCAGAACAGUCUCGAAUUGAGUGUUUUAAGUUUGUUGAAAGAAGAUGAUGGAAAACCUUAAUACUGACACAGUUUGUCAAUCAGAAUCACUCAUUUUUUUGUGUUUGCAAGAGGCAAGAAGUACAAAAUAGUGUCUCACUAGUGCUUGUUUCAGCUUCAAAAAAGUUCCAGGGCACUUUUGUUUUGCAACAAAUGAUCUUUAUUGAUCAGAUGAGCUUGUAUAGAAAGCAAACUGAACUUCCUCUGUCCUUUAAUUCCUCUCAGGUACUUCGGUAUCCCCAUGGAGAUCUUGCCCAGAGUGAGGAGCUCCUCUGAGAUCUACGGCCUCAUGGUGAGCGAACACAAGUGGAUCAGUCUGAUGCAAAUUUACUUACAAAAAUUCAAUCCAAAAGAUAAAAAUUUAACUUUGAUUUGACUGUUAUCAUUGUUGUUUCUACUCUGACUGCACUACUACAAAUGCAGACUAAAAUGUAACUCCAGUUAGUCUGAUUCAAGUGCAUGAAGGUUGUCUGAGAAACUCUUUUAGGCUUUUUUUUUGUGUGCCAUUGUCUUCUCUUCUCUCACUGGUAGAAAAUAAGUUCUAGUCUGGUAAGUGAGACCUCGCCAUCAUAUUUUCUUUCCUCCUCAUGGUGCAAAAUAACCCGUCCUCCUGCUGCUUCUUCUCUGUGGGCAGAGUGAACCCAAUCCAUCAAGCAGUGCAUUUCCAACCGUCACUCUCAGGAGAACAGAGGAGAGCUUUUCAAACAUUUUGGGAAUUUGUCACGAUGAAUAUCUUGGUAAAGGAGAAGUUCAGCUUUUUAUAACUGAUGCAGAUGACUUCCUCAUGCUUUCAAACGCACAUAAUGCAGUAAAUAAAGCCUGCAGUGAUUGAGGAGUGGUGUCAGUCCUCUCCAGCAGAGGGCGCUCCAGCUCCAUGCGACUGGAGUGCUGUCCAAAUGAGCAGCACUGCAGUAUGAGCGUUCAGGUUUUAUAUGAAAACGCAGAUCCAGAUGCACCUCCAGUGACACCUGCAAAUAAAUAAAGACUAAUAAUAACCACUCUUUCAUUUGGACCUAUAAUUUUACUCUAACAUAUUCAAUGCAGUCUCUUAAUAAAGAAAUAUGGACAUUAAAUGUGGAGUACACACCUGACUCUUCUGCAGAUAACUAAAUCAGGAGUUAUACGAGUCAGACCUGCACACUUUCUUGGAAAUGUACUGGAUGGCUCCCGUUGCUUCAGUCACAGCAUGCUACUAAACUGGUUGUCAUUAAUGCCUCCAGCUUUACUGACAGACCAUCCUCCUCUGCAGAGCCCCAUCACAGCUCCCAAAUCUCUUCACUCUUUGGCACGGUUUGAACUAACCCACUAACUCGGCCUCUCGUAGGAGUGAAGACAUUUCCGUUUGUUCUCAGGGUCACGCUCGCCCUUUGUUUCCCCUCACUGUUUCAGUGAAGAUGUUGUGGUAGAAGUUAUUUGGCUCUGUGCGGUCAAAUAAUGAAAAAUACCCUUUUUUGUUCAUGUUAUUAUCAGGGAAAGAGAUUAAAUUUAUGUUGCUGUCUUUUUCGGUGACAGAUAUAUAGUUUUGAUAACUUUUUAAUCUGAUUUAGAGUUUAGUGAUUUUUCCUCAUAAAAGUAAACAUGCAAAGUCAUCAAACCUUUUCUUUUGAUUAAAUUGCUGCAGGUAUGUCCAAGACUAAGAUGCUUUUUAUUAAAGAUGAAAACAUUUAAAAUGAAAAAAGCUCAUUUAAGCUCCUCUGAGGAUUCAUUUCAACUGUUUCAGCCAUUUGGAAUAACUCUAAAGAAAUAGUCUGUAUUUAUGUGGAUGGUCUUGUUUGCUUUUGUGGUUCUUAAAGAGGCAUCAAUGUUAGUUUAAAGCUCCUGUGAGGAACUUUCAGGUUGUCUACAAUUUGGCGCUCCCUGUGGAAAAAGCAGUCUUUGCAUAUCUUGUCUUCUUAGUCAUCCUGCUGACUCUUGAUUGUGAAUGAUUCAAGUGAAAAUAAUAAAAACAGUGCUGUUAGCUGCUUAAUUGCUUAAAGAAUUAAACUCGUCAGUCUCAUCACUGAUGGUCUUGUUUGCUUUUGAGGAUCACCAAAAGGCAACAAUGUGAAUUUCAGUCUACUGUAUAAACAUUAAAAUCUCCUCACAGGAGCUUUAAGUCUGUUCUUUUUUUUUACUGUUUAAAAACUCCUUAUAGGAGCUUUAAUUACGAUUUUACUCUAACAGCUUUCUUUUCUUUACGCAGAAAUCUGGAGCUCUUUCAGGCAUCCCUAUAUCAGGGGUACGUUUUUCUCUACUCUCAAACAUUAACCAAAUUUUUUUUGUAUACUCUGAAUAAUUUAUAAUGAAGUUUUCCUUUUACAAAAAAACAGUGUCUUGGGGAUCAGUCGGCAGCUCUCGUUGGACAGAUGUGUUUCCAGGAUGGGCAAGCGAAGAACACGUAUGUAUCACAGUGUGUUUUUACUCCAAUACCUGUGACAAAGUCAACUCAAAGUCGGAUUUAUCAUGUGAUUCAGGUAUGGAACUGGCUGCUUUCUACUACGAAACACUGGAGCCAAGGUAAACCUUCAAAUACACGUGUUUGAACCCAUUCACAGAAAUCUACAGAACCCUGUUGAACACAGUUGACUUCCUUGUGUUUUUGCAGCCUGUAAUGUCCGAUCACGGCCUCCUGACCACAGUGGCGUACAAACUCGGCCGGGACAAACCUGCUUGUUAUGCACUCGAGGUAAAGUAUCUGCAUUUUACUACCACUGUCCCUUCUGUUUAAAACAAGCACCUAUCAUGUCAGUGUUUUUGUCCAGGGCUCUGUGGCCAUCGCUGGAGCUGUGGUUCGCUGGCUGCAGGACAAUCUGGGGAUCAUUGGAUCUUCUGAAGAGCUCGGUAUGUCCUGCUGCUGCUGAUGUUUAUGCUCCAAAUGUGUCCUCCUUUUUGGCUUUAAUUUUCAUGUUUCUGUUUCUGCAGAGAAGUUGGCCGCAUCAGUCGGUACGUCCUACGGUUGUUAUUUCGUUCCUGCAUUUUCGGGGCUUUAUGCGCCGUACUGGGAGCCCAGUGCAAGAGGGUAAGACCUGAAAACUACCCUUCAGUCUGAGAAAAACACUCAAAAUGAGACACGCUUCUGCUGCAUUCAGUCUUUUUCUGUUCCAGGAUCAUUUGUGGGUUAACUCAGUUUACAAACAAGAGUCACCUCGCCUUUGCUGCACUGGAAGCCGUUUGUUUCCAGACACGAGAGGUGAGUGCUACUCUUUUAUUUUCACCUAAGAUAUAUAACUGGGGCAAAAAUAGAUGAAAAAAUCCACCUGCCAAUCAUAUUAUCUACUUUUUUGCAUCACAUGCACAAAAGUGGGGAUUGUUAAAUAAGAACCCUGCUUGUGAUGAUGCCAUGUUUGUUUGGACCUAGAUUCUGGACGCCAUGAAUCAGGACAGCGGCAUCCCGCUGACUCAGCUGCAGGUGGACGGAGGAAUGACAUCCAACAGGUUGCUGAUGCAACUGCAGGCCGAUAUCCUCUGCAUCCCUGUCGGUGAGAUUCCCUUCAGUGAUUAAGUGAGUUUUCUGUGAUAUGCAUGACAGAAGGAAUGAAAACCUGAUUAGAUGAACAAGCACUGAAGGAAGAGUGAAGGAAAACUGGUUCUUCAACCUUGAAGCUCAUCAGAAGAUCUGCAAAGCCAACCACUAAUGUGAUGAAUUUCAACUUAAAGAUGCAAAACUUUUUUUUCUAUUUUCAGUGAAGCCAUCCAUGCCUGAGACCACCGCUCUGGGCGCAGCGAUGGCGGCAGGAGCAGCUGAGGGCGUGAGCGUGUGGAGCCUCAGCCCAGAGGACCUGAGUGAGGUCACAUCAGAGAAGUUCGAGCCUCAAAUUAACCCUGAAGGUACAAUGAGUGUGUCUCUUUGAAGGCCUGAGAAGAUGAAAAUGUCUCCAGUAUCUGCUGCUGCCGUGAACUGACGGUGUUUUCUGUAAAUGUGCUGCGCAGAGAGUGAGUUCCGGUACGCUCGCUGGAAAAAGGCGGUGCAGAAAUCCAUGAACUGGGAGACGACAGAGCCGGCAGGGAACGGAAACGGUAGGAAGAGGUCAACCCGAGCCAUACAAAGCUGCUGCCUAGGGAGUCGUUUUUUUAUUAAGACAGAAAGUUAUGGUUUUAAUUGUUUAAAAAAUGUGCCUUUAUGAUUCAAAUAAGUUCACCAUCUUUGAAUUAUGAUGGUUUUUGUUCUUCCACCACUCCCUUUAAAUGUUUGAAAAGGUGAAACGAGUAUCUUCAGCAGCGCUCCGCUCGGCUUCUAUAUCUUUGGCAGCAUGUUGAUGCUGGUCGGUGCAAAAUAUCUUGCAGGUGAGUGGCCGUUUAAAGAUAUCUGUCUGCGCUCUCUGAGUGCUUUUCUAGUUCAUUCGUGCAUUUUUAGGCUUAAGUAUAGAUGGUUUUCCUAGAUUUCAGAAGAGGAUUUCCAAGCAAAUCUGCAUCAUAUAAAUCAAAUGAGUUUCUUGAUUUUGUCUCAUUUUAUCUUUGUGAUAUAGUACUUGUCUUGUAGGAAAUAGAAUUAAGCCUGCAUGGUUUUAGGCCCUUUAAACUUGGAUCUUACCUCCUGAUUAUGUGCGUUAACAGUAUUUUAUUUAUGACAUUGAUGUUUUAAAUCUCUUUCAAUGAUGUCUUGAUUUGAUUCGUACUCAUUAGGACAUAACUAG